AACUCCGUCUACACCGUGCAAGGUGGACACCGUGCCGUAGUUUUCAACCGGCUGGUAGGUAUGAAAGAAACCGUCUACGGCGAAGGUUUGAAUUUCAACAUUCCCUGGUUGGAACGUCCCAUCAUCUACGAUAUUCGGACGCGUCCCGUGAAUUUGCAAACGCUCACCGGUAGCAAGGAUUUGCAAAUGGUCACGAUUGCGAUUCGUGUUUUGCACAAACCCAAUCCCAACCAACUCGUUUGGAUUUAUCGCAUGCUUGGAAUCAACUACGACGAGCGCGUCUUGCCUUCGAUCAUGAAUGAAUGUGCCAAAGCUGUCGUGGCACGCUACAACGCCAACGAGCUCCUCACCAAGCGUGACGUGGUGAGCAAAGAAAUUUCGUUCGACUUGGAGAAACGCGCCCGUAUCUUUAAUAUUCAGCUCGAGGAUGUCGCUAUUACCCACUUGGCAUUUUCGCCUGAGUACGCGCGGGCUGUAGAAGCCAAGCAAGUUGCGCAGCAGGAUGCUGAACGUGCCAAGUACAUCGUGCUCGGUGCCCAGCAGGAGAAGAAAACCAUCAUUACCAAGGCUCGUGGAGAAGCCGAGUCGGCGGAAUUGAUUGGUACCGCAGUGCGCCAGAAUCCGGGCUUUAUGAAACUUCGACGUAUUGAUGCCGCUCGGGAUAUUGCAGAUAUUGUGGCUUCUAGCGGCAACAAGGUAUAUUUGAACGCUGAUUCGCUCUUGUUGAACCUU